CUACCUGUUUUACUUUACUUCAUCUUCAAUUUUCUUCUAAUACUCUCUCCCCCACUCUGUCCCCUCUCUCUUUCUCCCUACCCAAUCUCUCUCUCGCCCUCUCUCUCUCUCUCUCUCUCUCUCUCUACCCAACCAGUAAACACAACGGCGAUCGGCGAACGAAGCUCAAAGCAGAGCACAACACGGCGGUAGAGAUCUCUCCUUCGUCAUAGAUCUCGACGAACGACGACAGGCGACAACGGCGAUUGACGCCGACGAUGUUGACAACUUCGAUGAUGAAGGUUAGAGGUGAGUAUGGGUAAGAUCUAAGCAUGCAUGGGCUCUUUUGGUUUGCUUUUCUCCGUCGAGGUUCAGUAGAUCUUCUCUGUUUUCGAUUUCAGGUGGAGAAGAAAUAUGUCGCGACGGAUAAGAGAGUGCGGUGAGACACCGUGUGAAGAGAGCGCGAAUAUAUCAUGGAAGAAGCAGGCCGAGGACGUUGGUGUUUUGCGGUGGUGGCUGCUGGAGUGUAGGUGGUGGCGUGGUGGUUGUGGGAUAGGGAUAGGGGUGGGAGGCGAGAGUUGAGAGAGCAUAAAUGGGUUAGGCUUAAGGUUUUGUGGGGACUGGGUUGGGGAGAGUGGGUUGUGGCCAGUGGGAGGAGUGAGCUUUGGGUUGUGUGGGUAUAGGCUAUGAUUUUGUGGUUAGUUUUGUAAUUUUGAUUUUUCGGUUCGAAUGUUCGGAAAUCGGGUUCGAUUGUGUGACCUUGGUUUCUGAAAUAUGGUUUUUCUCCUUCUGAACCUAAUAACAUAAAUUUUGGUUUUGGUCGGUUUUGGUUCAAUUCAAUUUGAUUCGAAGAGUCAAACCCAAACCAAAUGCCCACCUCUACCUGGAACUACUGUUGUCGGGUAUCGGCUAACCGCCCACCGAACUGAUGCUAGUGGUUGUGGUUGUCGACUAACCGACAAGCCUUGCGGUGGCAGUAGCGGUUGACGGUAUCAACUCCUAUUCGAUCUCGGCUAACCGACAUUGCGAUACGGUUAAACCGCAACCACACUGAUUAUCAGCCUGUGACUAUUAAAUAGAAAGACCGAUUUUGUAGGCCCCAAAAAUUUGAUGACCGUUAAUAACUUACCGGCUACCGCUAUUUCGCCCACCACUUAUAUUCGCCGAUAGAUAUAUGCUCCAUUAACGAACCCGCCAAGUCGACUUGAAAAAACCGCGGCGCUACCAAAUUCGACACUCUGACGGACCUUCCGGCUUCCGUUCCCCGGUUUAUAUUGAAAUCCCCCGCAGAAAAUUAUGCAGAAGGAGUCGCUACUCUCUGUAGCAGAACAUGCACACCCUGCCUGGUUUAACGCCGAAACUGGAAUCUACCGGAGCCCACACGCCGCCGUCGCUCUCCCCGCCGACCCUCUCCUCGACCUCGUCUCCUUCAUCUUCUCCCAUCGCCGUCGCGAUGCACCCCACACCUCCUCCUCGGCGGUCGCCCUUCUCGAUUCCGCUUCCGGCCACUCAAUCACUUACCAAGACCUCUUCCCCCUCGUCAAAUCCACGGCCUCCGCUCUCCAGAAAUCGGGCAUCCGCCACGGCGAUGUCGUCUUGCUCGUCCUUCCCAAUUCAAUUCACUUCCCCGUCGUCUUCCUCGCCGUCCUCUACGCCGGCGCCGUCGUCACCACCAUGAACCCUCUCGCGACCGUCGUGGAGAUCCAGAAGCGCAUUGCCGAUUGCGACGUCCGUUUGGGACUCGCUGCACCGGAGAGAGCUGCGGCUCUGCAGGAUUCCCCUCUCGGGAUUCCGUUCGUCGCAGUCCCGGAAUCGAACUCUGGUUCCUCCCUAUUGGAUGCCUUUGGCGGCUUGAUUGGUCGCGACGUUGAUUCGGACUUGAGGAUUCCGGCAAUUCGGCAGCAGGACGCGGCGGCGAUUAUGUACUCUUCCGGAACCACAGGCGCCAGCAAGGGCGCCGUGCUGACGCACGGAAACCUGAUAGCUGCGGUGGAGCUCUUCGUGAGGUUUGAGGCUUCGACGUACGAUUUCCCACCUCAGGAGAACGUCUAUCUCGCUGUGCUGCCCAUGUUCCACAUAUACGGCCUCGUUCUGUUCGUCGCCGGCCUGCUGUCGUUGGGUUCCACCAUCGUCGUGAUGAAGAAAUUUGAUGUGGGUGAAGUAAUCAAGACCAUUGAGAGGCAUGGAGUCACCCAUUUCCCCAUUGUCCCCCCGAUAUUGGGUCCCUUGACGGAACGCGCCAAAGGUGUUUGUGAAAAUGGCUUAAAGAGCUUGAAGCAGGUUUCCUGUGGUGCAGCUCCUUUAAGUGGCAGCACUGUUCAGCACUUCCUCAAUGCCUUCCCUCAUGUUGACUUCAUUCAGGGAUAUGGUAUGACCGAGUCGACUGCAGUAGGAACCCGGGGAUUCAACACGAAGAGAUUUCAGAAGCACUCUUCAGUAGGACUGCUAGCUCCAAACACAGAAGCCAAAGUUGUGGAUUGCAACAAUGGCCAUGCCUUGCCUCCUGGCGGAAUUGGGGAGCUCUGGAUGCGAGGACCUGGCACCAUGAAAGGAUACCUGAACAAUCCGGAGACGACUGCUGAGACAAUUGACAAAGAUGGUUGGCUUCGUACCGGAGACAUUGUUUCCUUCGACAAGGAUGGCUAUCUGUACAUCUUUGAUCGAUUGAAAGAGAUGAUCAAGUACAACGGGUUCCAGAUAGCACCAGCUGAUCUGGAAGCUGUAUUGAUAACCCACCCGGACAUACUCGAUGCUGCUGUAACAGGGGCGGCAGACAAAGACGCUGGAGAAAUACCGGUGGCGUUCGUGGUGAGGAGGCAGGGAAGCAAUCUCAAUGAAGAGGAUGUAAUCAAACAUGUAGCCGCUCAGGUGGCGCCGUAUAAGAAAGUGAGAAGGGUGGUGUUCACAGAAGGAAUACCAAGGUCUCCAGCCGGGAAGAUCCUUAGACGGGAACUGAGGAGCUUGAUGAAGUUCACUCCCACUCCCAGACUCUAAUUAAUGUUGUAAUCAGUUUCAUUGAAACACUUUCUCCGUUAAUUGUCUCUUCACCAUUUGUCUUCACAUUUGUGUACUAGUAAUAGCAUUUUUGUCAACUGUUACAUGUAAUUAAUGAAAUAAUUCCAAUCUCUUUUAGUCUAUACGGUCAGAUUCGAAAGGUGAGAGCUGUUAUAUUUAGUGUCAGUAGAAUGAAAACUGGAAAUUUGUUGAAUUUUACAAAAUGCACUCUGCUUAACUUAUUGUUCCUUGUCUUUUGCUUAAUGUUCAUGCUUGACAGCUUGAGUGAAGACAAAAAGCAUGAGGGAAGAGGGCAAAGAUAGUGAGUGAGAGGAUGAAUAGAGAACAUGUUAAGGAGAAAGAAACGGGCAACUGGUCCCAGGUAGGUUUGUGCUGGAGGAGAAAGCAACCCAACUGCUUACAUUGUUUCAAGUUGUCAAUGUUGGUUCUAAUGAAGGUUAAAGUACAAUUUACCAAGUAGAUGGUGGCUAUAUCACUUGAUUUGUAUUAUAAGAAAAUGAUAUGAUUUAAGAUUUUGUUUUUGCCCUUUUCGACUAGUUCAGAUUGUAGUAAUUGGCUCCUACCACAAAUUCAGUGGUUAUAAUAUGACUAAAAUACGAAGAAAUUAUAUAAGAGAAAAAUGUUCAUAAUUUAUUCAUACAACAAAGUUUAUUAAUUAAAAUAUAUAAGAUGGAAAUUUUGAAUUCUCCAUAAAAACUCAUAAAUUUUAUAAAAUUAGAAUUUCCAUCAAAUUCAAUAAAAAUUUUAAUAUCUAAUUCACUCGUUCUCACUAUAUUUUCCCUAUCGCUAUGAAGCCAUCAUUCUUUUAGGAUUAAAACAAUAUACUAUCCAAAUCUUUCAUUUUAAACAAAACAAUAGCUAAACCUUUCGAAAAACCCAAUAUAAUAGCUAAAUCGUUAACUUUCGUCCAGUCAAAAGCAAGUUGACUCUAAAGUGAUAAAUUAUGUUGACAUGGACUGUGGCGUGGAUGUUGCAUUUUGACAUAAAAAUAUAGAACCAAAACAAUUUAAUACUUAAUAGUCAAACCUUUUAUUUGAGAAAAAUAAUAGUCAAACCGUUUGAAAUACAAUUUAAUUGCCAUUUUCGUCAAAUUUAACUUCAUAGUUAAUGAAAUCAUACAUAAGCCUGUACGAGUGUUUUGAUACCUCGGCAAAAAAUUAAUUAAAAUAGUCUUAUUUAAUUUAGAACAAUACAAUAAUAAGUUUUCAAAAAUAUU